CCAAUCUUCAAUUCUUCAUUUCGGCGGCGUAAAACAUAGAGAAAUUUCUAAAGAACAGCAAAUGAUUAUAUGACAAACGAUAAAACGGCAAUUGGGAGGAAUAACUACUGGUAAUACGAAUAUUGGGACUUCACAUUACUGCCAAAGAUGGCCCCACGUGUCAAUUGCUCCGCUAGGAGCAAUAUCAGUCGAGCGCUCCAGCGAACGACGAAGUCCCAAAGACCGAUGAUUAUUCUAUCCCAGAGCUCAAUAUCGGCUCUCAGGACAUAUGCGACCGCUUCUACAUCACAGGUACCAGCCGGUAUACUGAGAUUACCCGAUAACUAUAUCCCUCCGACACAACCCCCCAGCUCAAGACGACCUGAACUGCGAAAAUCCCAACUCCUCCGAUCGUAUACUUCUUUACUCCGCUCAUCACCAAUCAUCCUUUUACUCCAACAUAAUAACAUUACGGCCGUAGAAUGGGCCGCUAUUCGAAGAGAGCUGCGCGCCGCUUUGGCCAAGGUACCAACACCUGCCGUGGGCCCCAAUGACACCGGUGUACCCGUGAAUAUCUCGUCCGCCAUCGAAAUGCAGGUGAUACGGUCACGCCUCUUCAGUGUCGCUAUGAAGAUCGUCGAGUUCUUUAAUGCCGAAGCGCAGGCUUCUAAGUCCAAUGCGUAUUCCCACGAUUUAUCAGCCACGGCGUAUGAGACCAUUUCCAACGUAACUCCCGACGAGAACUCGGCGUAUGCCCAGAUCAACCCGCUACUCGUGGGACCUGUUGCUGUUGUUACUUUCCCGGCUGUGUCCCCGGCGCAUCUAGCUGCUGCGCUAUCAGUUCUGGCUCCUUCGCCGGCGUUCCCCGCGCCCUCGCGCAAGAAGUAUCCUGGAUACCAUGACCCAAUAACGCAGAGCGGGUUGCAGAAGCUGCUCUUAGUUGGAGGUCGGGUCGAAGGGCGUGUGUUCGACAACGAUGGUGUCCGAUGGGUUGGUGGUAUCGCAGGUGGUGUGGACGGUCUACGGGCACAACUCGUCAACAUGCUGCAAAGCGCCGGAUUGGGGCUUACGACAGCGCUUGAGGGUCAUAGUAAGGGAUUGUGGCUUGCAUUGGAGAGCAGGAGGACACAGCUUGAGGAGGAAGCUGGUGGUGGGGCUAAGAAGGAGGGGAGUGAAGAUGAGAAGGGUGCAUAGAGUAGAUGAUGCAUUUAUGUGUAUGAUCACACAGACAAUGUAUGAAAAAUUAAAUGGACAUAUUUGACCUGGGACUGUUAUGAUCUCAGAUACCCUUCUAUGUCUUUACGCGGUUAUACACGCCUACAAGUUGUACAAGCUUAUACAAUGCUGUUUCUUGGGUUGCUCACUGCGGCUCUAGAGAUGAAUACACUUCUACAAUUUACCAAGAUUCUUAGGCAAAUAUAUCCCCAUUAAGAGGAAAAAUACAUCAGUAUCAAACGUAUGCACUUGCUACAAUGCUGACACGAAAGGCUAUAAAGAGUACGGA